AUGCUUUUGGAAGACAUUCGCAGCGACACGGUUGACUUUGCACCCAACUUUGAUUCAUCCACCAACGAGCCAACAGUGCUGCCAGCUCGGAUCCCUGUGCUUCUGCUCAACGGCUCUCAAGGGAUUGCGGUGGGCAUGGCGACCAACAUCCCCCCGCACAACUUGACCGAGCUUGUGGACGCACUCUCAGCCUUCAUUGACAACCCUGCCGCACCCUCCCCAUCCACUCCUGUAACCCCUUAUGUACCCCCCUGCACCCCGCUACACCCCGUUGCUCCCCUCCAGGUGGGCAUGGCGACCAACAUCCCCCCGCACAACUUGACCGAGCUUGUGGACGCGCUCUCAGCCUUCAUUGACAACCCUGCCGCACCCUCCCCAUCCACUCCUGUAACCCCUUAUGUACCCCCCUGCACCCCGCUACACCCCGUUGCUCCCCUCCAGGUGGGCAUGGCGACCAACAUCCCCCCGCACAACUUGACCGAGCUUGUGGACGCGCUCUCAGCCUUCAUUGACAACCCUGCCGCACCCUCCCCAUCCACUCCUGUAACCCCUUAUGUACCCCCCUGCACCCCGCUACACCCCGUUUCUCCCCUCCAGGUGGGCAUGGCGACCAACAUCCCCCCGCACAACUUGACCGAGCUUGUGGACGCGCUCUCAGCCUUCAUUGACAACCCUGCCGCACCCUCCCCAUCCACUCCUGUAACCCCUUAUGUACCCCCCUGCACCCCGCUACACCCCGUUGCUCCCCUCCAGGUGGGCAUGGCGACCAACAUCCCCCCGCACAACUUGACCGAGCUUGUGGACGCGCUCUCAGCCUUCAUUGACAACCCCGCCAUCACCACGGAGCAGCUCAUGCUCAUCUGCCAGGGGCCGGACUUCCCCACUGGAGGGGUCAUUCUCGGCACGUCAGGCAGCAUGGAGGAGGCGUAUCGCACGGGAAGAGGGUCCAUAGUGGUGCGAGGGAGGGCGUAUGUGGAGGAGCAUGGAGGAGGCGUAUCGCACGGGAAGAGGGUCCAUAGUGGUGCGGGGGAGGGCUUAUGUGGAGGAGCUGGGAGGAGGGGGAGUGGGGAGCAGAGGCAAUCGGAUUGGCAUUGUCAUCACAGAGUGGUGCGGGGGAGGGCGUAUGUGGAGGAACUGGGCGGCGGGGGCGCAUGGAGCAGAGGCAACCGGCUGGGGAUUGUGAUCACAGAGCUCCCGUACCAGACGAACAAGGCCGCCCUGGUAGAGAAGAUGGCAGAGCUGGUGAACAGCAAGGUGGUGGAGGGGACAAACAAAGCCGCCCUGGUGGAGAAGAUGGCAGAACUUGUUAAUAGCAAGGUGGUGGAGGGGGUGAGUGACAUCCGCGACGAGAGCGACCGGGCGGGCAUGCGCGUGGUGGUGGAGGUGAAGCGAGGUGCCACCCCCAUGGCUGUGCUGGCAUCGCUGUACAAGCACACUCAGCUGCAGUCACGCUUCAACUGCAACCUGGUGGGCCUGGUCAAUGGCGAACCCAAGGAGAUGACUCUCAGAGACUUUUUCCAGGUCUUUCUGGACUUCCGCUGCCAGGUCAUCGAGCGCCGAACCUCAUUCCAGCUUCGGAAAGCAGAGGAUCGGGAGCACUACGUCCAGGGUCUGCUGAUUGGCCUGGGAAGUCUGGAUCGAAUGGUGGACAUCCUCAAGGCGGCUGCCACUCCCGCUGAUGCUGCUGCCACCCUCCAGCAAGCCCUCGGCUUAUCCCCCAUACAGGCUGAUGCUCUUCUCAGUACACCACUCCGGCGCCUCACAUCCCUCGAAGUAUCGAAGCUAGAGGAGGAGCACUCCCGUCUGAAGGCAGACAUAGCGGACCUGCAGGGGCUACUGGCGAGCAGAAAGAGAAUCCUGCAGACAGUGAAGCGCGAGGCCCUGGCGCUCAAGGACGAGUUUGGAGGGCCGAGGAGGACGAGGAUCGAGGCGGAUGGGACUGCCGGGGACUUGGAUCCUUCUGACGUCAUUCCCAAUGCCACCGUGCUGCUGAACCUGAGUGAGCGGGGGUAUGUGAAGCGCAUGGCAGCAGACACGUUCUCGGCUCAAAAGAGGGGCACAGCGGGCAAGUCGGGUGGCAAGCUCAAGGCAGACGAUGCCAUGGCUCGCUUUGUGGUGUGCCGCACCCACGACACCGUGCUCUUCUUCAGUGACCGGGGAGUGGCCUACACCAUGAAAGGGUAUCAGAUUCCCGAGGGCUCCCGCACUGCCAUCGGCUCUCCCAUCUCCCAGAUCGUCCCCCUACAGGACUCAGAGCGCAUCACAUCGAUGCUGCCAGUGGGGGAUUUCUCAGAAGACGCCUAUCUGGUCAUGAUGACGCGAGGGGGCUUCAUCAAGCGCACUGCUCUGCAUGCGUUCAGCGACACGCGCAAGAGCGGUCUCAUUGCCAUUCAGCUGGGCGACGGCGAUGAGCUGGCGUGGGUGCGGAGGGCGACAGCUGGCGACUCCCUAUUGGUCGGCUCGCAGUUUGGCAACAUCGUUCGCUUCGCGUGUGACGACGACCAGCUGAGGCAGAGUGGGCGCACGGCGAGGGGAGUGAGGGCCAUGCGACUGAGGGAGGGGGACAUCGUCGCUGCCCUGGAGAUCGUGCCAUCCGUCGCCUCCGAGUCCAAGGACGGGGGCCCAUGGGUGGUCAUGGCCACUCGCAACGGGAUGGGCAAGCGUGUUCCCACGAACCAGUUUGCCAACCAGCGGAGGGGGGGCGUGGGAGUCAAGGGCAUCAAGUUGGGCCAAGGGGAUGCACUGGUGGUGCUACGUCUGGUGGGGGAGGGCACUGCUGACAGAGACGGCGUUGACACCGCCACUGAGGCAGGUGCUGCUAUGGAGUACGGGGAGCUGCUAGUGGGCAGUGACGGCGGCAUAAUCAACCGGCUGCGAGUGCGGGACAUCCCCAUCCUCUCCCGCACCACACGAGGAUGCCGCCUCAUGCGCAUAGCCUCGGGGGAUAGCCUGGCGUCGCUUUCACUGGUGCCGGGCGCUGCAGAGGGCGAGUUGGAGGAGGAUGGCGUGCCCCUGGCGUCGCUUUCACUGGUGCCGGGCGCUGCAGAGGGCGAGUUGGAGGAGGAUGGGGUGCCGUUAGUAGUGCCUGAGGGAGGGGUGAGCGAUGAGGAGAGUGAGGAGGAGAAGGUGGAGGGAGAGAGCAGGGUUAAGGCGAAGGUGGUCCUGGCAUCGCUGUCGCUGGUGCCGGGCGCUGCUGAAGGGGAGCUGGAGGAGGAUGGGGUGCCGUUAGUAGUGCCCGAGGGAGGGGUGAGCGAUGAGGAAGGAGGAGAGGAGAUGGAGACACACAGAGAGCACAGUGCAAGCCUCGCGUCACUGUCGCUGGUGCCGGGUGCUGCUGGGGGAGAUUUAGAUGACAAUGAAGUGCCACUGGUGGUGCCGGAGGGAGGGGUGAGUGAUGAGGAGAAGGGGGAGAGUGAGGAGGAGAAGAUGGAGGGAGAGAGCAGGGUGGUAGUUGGGAUGUAG